AUGCCUUUCUACCAAAUGCUAUGCAUUGCAAGUCACUACAGUGACUACAAACAUAUCAAAAACUUGGUGACUACGUCCGCACGACACGUCAUGGAUGCUGGGGGCGUCGUGCGCAACCUAGGGUACCAAGGUCACCGCACGCUUCCGCAGAGAAUGAAGCGGAAUAAGCAGAUAUACUCGGCCGGAGACUACUGGACAAUGGACUUUGAUGCCUCCCCAAACACUCAGCAAGCGCUGGCCUCACUCAUGCGGCACGACCCGCGUGUCAUCCGAUACUCGAUACUCAAGCUGGGUGAGAGAGCGGAGGAGGUGGCCACUACCCCGGAGAAGACGACGUUCCGG